AUGUCUGCACCACUCAAACGACCUUCAGAGGACGAUGAUUUCCAGGAAGAAUCUUGGGAAGACAAUCAACCCUUAGCCGAGGAAGACGAAAGUCAGGAAAGCAACCAGCUUCAAGACCCAGAGAAUACCAGCGCUACCGGUGAAGAUAUGAUGGAGGCCCCAGUAACAGAAUCGGCAUCAUCAACGACGGGGGCUACUGCUUCAGCUCGCCGCCCAAAGAAACCGAGACGAGGCAAGAAUAGCCCUGAGCCAAACUAUUCCGAGAUGGUUCAAGACCAGAUGUCUGCGACCAACCGUACUGGUCAGGCAUGCGAUCGCUGCAAGACUGACCCAAUAACGCGGGUAUCAUAUACCCGUGGUGAGCUGGAACGGCUGCGAGCCGAUAAUCAAACCCUCGUUGCAGAGAACCAGCUUCUACGUGCCGAAAACGCGAGCUUGCGGGAUUAUAUCCAUAACGUCUUGAAUGGCAUUCAGAGUGGCCCUCCUCUCAUAGGUGGCAGUUCACAGCCUACUGGUAUGGGGAUGGGAACACAACAUCAAUAUUCUACGUCGUAUGAGGAUCUACAGGCCUCUCAAGCCCAGGCCCAGGCACGGGCUCAGGCGAUACGGCAAGCGGUGCAGCAAGCGGGACCGUCUUUCCCAAUUAUAUACCCGCAAAGCAGACGCCACUCUGCAGUACCAGGGCUGCCUACGAUGCCAGACCAGGCCCAAUUUGGGCCUGUACCCGGGGCUCCCCAGUACCCCGGAUAUCAUCCAUCAAUGGGCCAGAGCCAGUACGCUGGUCACAGCCAGGUGCCGACGCCUCAUCAGCAGAUCAACCAAGGGGGCUAUCGACAUGAGCCCCAGCAGCAACAAGGGGGGCAGCAAGGCGGCCAGCAGGGGCAUAGCCAAAACCAGGGACAAGAACAGGGAGAAUCACAGCAGCCUACGGGCAUGCAUGGAAGCGACAAUGCACCUUCCCAAGACCCUACCAAUGAUUUCAAAUAUUUCCCUGAUAUUUGA